AGUGGCCCUCACUCCACUCACCUUCCCCCUUUUUCCCAGAAGGAUGGCUGAUGCCCAGACACGGGUAGCUCCUACACCGACCAUCCAAAUGAGGACUGGAGAGGACCUGCCCCUCCCUGCCCCCUCAGAUCUGGAGGGUCUACCGCCGCCACCCCCCAAGGAAUCCUUCUCCAAGUUGCAGCAGCAGCGGCAAGUCAGUGAGCUCCGCCGUCUCUACAAACACAUACACCCUGAGCUUCGAAAGAACCUCGAGGAGGCGAUGGCUGAGGACCUGGCUGAGGUGCUGGGCUCGGAAGAGCCUACCGAGAGCGAUGUUCAGUGUAUGCGUUGGAUCUUUGAGAACUGGCGGCUGGAUGCCAUUGGCGACCAUGAGAGGCCAGCUGCCAAGGAACCUGUGCCGGGUGGCAACGUUCAGGCCACCUCCCGGAAGUUUGAGGAAGGCUCCUUCACCAACAACUCAGAUCAGGAGCCAGCUGGACCCCCACCGUCAGGGGGUGAUGUACGAGCUGCCAGGCAAUUGUUCGAGACCAAGCCGCUGGACGCACUGACAGGCCAGGAGGAGGCAACACAGCCAGCCAUGAAGGAACCUGCAGCCAGCGGGGAUGUACAGGGUACCAGAAAGCUCUUUGAGACGAGGCCCCUGGACCGGCUGGGCUCCCGCCCCUCUGUCCAGGAGCAGAGCCCCUUGGAGCUGCGCUCGGAGAUUCAGGAGCUAAAGGGCGACGUGAAGAAGACGGUGAAGCUGUUUCAGACAGAACCUCUGUGCGCCAUCCAGGACGCAGAGGGCACCAUCCACGAAGUCAAGGCUGCCUGUCGGGAGGAGAUUCAAAGCAACGCAGUGAGGUCAGCUCGCUGGCUCUUUGAGACCCGGCCUCUGGAUGCCUUCAACCAGGACCCCAGCCAGGUGCGGGUGAUUCGGGGAAUCUCUCUGGAGAAGGGAACCCUGCCGGAUGUCAGUGCAACUCGCUGGAUCUUUGAGACGCAGCCUCUGGAUGCCAUUCGUGAGAUCUUGGUGGACGAGAAGGACUUCCAGCCGUCUCCGGAUCUCAUUCCUCCUGGUCCAGAUGUUCAGCACCAGCGGCAUCUGUUCGAGACCUGCGCCCUGGACACUCUGAAGGGGGAAGGCGAACCGGGGACAGAGGCUCCGCCACCCAAGGAGGAGGUGAUCCCUGGUGAUGUUCGCUCUACACUCUGGCUGUUUGAGACAAAGCCCCUGGAUGCUCGCAGAGACCAGGUCCAGGUGGGCCACCUGCAGCGGGUGGGUCACCAGAAGGGUGAGGGGCUUGUGACUAGGUGUCUGUCCGGUGAUAAUGGCACGGUAGCACUGCCUCUGCCUCAGGGUGUCCCCCAGAAUGAUGGGCUGAGGGGGGACGUCAAAAGCUUCAAGAAUCUUUUUGAGACCCUUCCCUUAGACAGCAUUGGGCAGGGUGAGCCUUCAGCCUGCCAAAACAGGGGCGGAGCUCAAACAGCUGAUUCGGCUGAACAGUCCCAGGACACAGACUCCCCCGUCUAUGCUAUGCAGGACAGCAGGGGACAGCUGCAUGCCCUGACUUCUGUCAGCAGAGAGCAGGUAGUUGGAGGUGACGUACAGGGCUACAAGUGGAUGUUUGAGACACAGCCCCUAGACCAGCUGGGCCGAAGCCCCAGUACCAUUGACGUGGUACGAGGCAUCACUCGACAGGAAGUGGUGGCUGGGGACGUUGGCACCACUCGGUGGCUCUUUGAGACGCAACCACUGGAGAUGAUCCACCAAAAAGAGCAACAGAAACGGCAGGAGGAGGAGGGGAAGGGUCUAGAAGGCUGCUCUCCUGAGCACCCCCAAAAGGGCGAUGUACAGACCAUCCGCUGGCUGUUCGAGACCUACCCCAUGAGCGAGUUGGCGGAGAAGCAAGAAUACAAGGUCACAGACCCCAUGAGCAAAGCUGAGGCUCAGUCAUGCACCUGGAUGUUUGGACCCCAACCUCUGAACCACCUAGAAGUCUCUGGGGAACAGCACCUGCAAACCAGCCGGGUCCAGGCUGGAGACAGACAGACAGACAGACAUGUCUUUGAGACUGAAUCUCGGCCAGCCUCAGGCCAGGGUUGUGGGAGAAAGCCUGUCAGGUACUGCAGCCGGGUAGAGAUUCCUUCCGGCCAGGUAUCUCGGCAGAAAGAGGUUUUCCAGGCCCUGGAGGCAGGCAAGAAGGAGGCACAGGAGGCUAGGAUAACCCCGGGAUCCAUCCCCACAGGCUCUGUGCACAAAUACACCUGGCUCUUUGAGAACUGCCCCAUGGGCUCCUUGGCAGCUGAGAGCACCAGAGGGGACAGCCCCCAGGAAGAGCAGCCAAAGGGUGCAAAGCACGGGCCACCGGAGAGAAAGGAGAGGGCAACUGAGAGAACCCUUCGGACCCUGCACACCGCUCCUGGCGUCCUGCACCAUGGAGGGAUCCUCAUGGAGGCUCGAGGGCCUGGGGAGCUCUGCCUUGCCAAGUACAUGCUCCCAAAGCCAGGGCAUGGGCACCCCUGCAUACUGAAGGAGGAGCUGGUGUGUGGUGAGCUCCCCAGGAUCGUCCGCCAGAUGCUGCGCCGCACAGAUGUGGACCAGCAGGGACUGCUGGUUCAGGAGGACACGGCUGGCCAGCUCCACCUCCACCCACUCAGGCUGCCAGGGCCAGGCGACCCUGGGAAUAUUGAAGACGUGGACCCUGAGCUCCAGCAGCUGCUGGCUUGUGGCCUUGGUGUCUCUGUGGCAAAAACGGGGCUGGUGAUGCAAGAGACAGGGCAGGGCCUAGUGGCACUGACUGCCUACUCCCUCCAGCCCCGUCUAACCAGCGGGGCCCCAGAAAGGAGCAGUGUGCAGCGGCUGGCCAGCUGUAUAGACAAAGGAGAUCUGAGUGGCCUUCACAGUUUGCGGUGGGAGCCGCCUACAGACCCAAGUUCCGGACCAGCCAGCGAGGAGGACCAGAGGCUCCCCACAGCGGGGAGCGUCAUAUGUGUUGCUCCAAUAGACCCCACCAUGGAGAUGGGGCAUCUGAGGGUCUCAGGGGCCACACCCUGCCCACCUCCAUGUCGGGCAGUUGGAAAAGCGGUCCUUCCGAACGGGAGACCUGUAGCCCAAGCUCCACUGCAGGAAGCCAGAAAGCAAACAGAUGUCAGCAGUGUGGGGCAGGAAGGGAAGGCAGCCUUAGGGAGGCCAGAAGGAACCAUUGCUUCCCCUCUAGGGUCUGGGACCCCAGAUCUCCAGGAAGCCAUGCAAAAUCUGCGGAUGGCAACCGCCGAGGCCCAAAACCUGCACCAGCAGGUUCUGAGCAGGCGUCCGCAGGGCUCUGACCCGAUAGCCACCUCCGUGCCUGUCCAAGAUGUUCUGCAGGCAUCUACUGCCACCGCGAGCACCAGAGGCAACAUCAGGCCUGUGGCCGGAAGUGACACCAGGAUCCCAGCAGCCCCUAGAAAGGUCAGUGGGGACAAUGAAGCAGUGUCCAGAGGGCUGUCUGGGGGGUGGGUGACCAUACAGGAUGGUACCUAUGUUGCUCACCCUGUGAGGACCUCUGACCCACCUGGGCCUGUCCAGCCUUCUGAAAAAGAGCCCCAGCCAAGGGACAGGGAAACUGCCCUCGCCACCCACAAUCCCAGCCCGCCCCAGGCAGACCCAGGUCAGAGUCCCAGGCCGGGGUACCAUGAGCCUGGGGGCCAUAUGCAAAGGGCCUGGAGACCUCUGGGGACAGUGAUGCCCCAAAUCUGGCCUGAGAGCCUCCAAGCAGCCGACACCUCCUUCAAGACUGUCCCUCUAACGCACUACACCCCAACAUCUAAACCCAAGGCUGUGGGUGCCGGACUGCACCCCCAUAAUGCCUCUGUUCCUCCCCCUCCUGCUCUCCCAGCUGCUGUGACAGAAUCUGACCACCCAGCUCAAGGCCACCACCAGGAGGACCCCAUUCAGCAAACCUCCAAGCCCCUGAAGGACAUCCAUUUUCACACUGACAACAGACCUGCUGUCCAGAAAACCCCUGAGGGGUCAGAGACAACCAUCUCCAGAGCGGAACCCACCACACCUCCAAGAAAGAAACCCCCAGUGCCUCCCAAACCUGCACAUCUAAGCCAAGUCCACCCACCUCAUGGGCUACCCAAGCGCUCAGCAGGCUCUGCCCCUAUCUCAGGAACAGGACAAAACCACAAGCCAGGUGAGCCAGACACAGCUAAACCUCAGUCAGCCAAAGCUCCCACAACAGCAGGUCAGGGCAGCCUGCCUCUGGCGGAAUGUUCCAAGGGACAGAAACAGAGUCAACAUCCACCCAGCACCAUGGCGUCCAGGCCCAGCAGGGGUCAGAUGACCCACGGCAACAGCCAGAGCCCCAAGUCCCCUAAGUUGAACACUCUCAACGAUGACUUCACCCCACCACAAAAGGACCCUAGCUCCCCAAAAGAGCAGCCCAUGGGCUGUUCCAAGCAGGGGGCACCCGAGAGCUCAGAGAUUGUUCAAAGUAGCCAUCAGGAGCUCCAGGGCCUUCUGAACCAAGCACAAGCUGUGGAAGAAGAAGCAAGCCACGGUGUGGAUGUGCAGGCCCUGAGGAAGCUCUUUGAGGGUGUACCCCAGCUGGGAGGGGGUACCCUUCAGCCUCCCACUGCCCCCCAUAAGACCGAGACCUCAAUGGAGCAGGCCUUUGGGGAACUGACUCGAGUGAGUACAGAGGUUGCCCAUCUGAAGGAACAGACCCUAGCCAGACUGCUGGACAUUGAAGAAGCAGUGCACAAGGCUCUUAACUCCAUGUCCAGCCUCCAGUCUGAGGCUCACACAAGGAGCCAUCCACAGAGAACUCCAAAAGAAGAUCCUAGCGUGCACAACAAGGUCAGUGUCUCCACCAGCAGCCGGGCUAGACCUAUAUAGGGUCUGGCCAGGUCAAAGAUCUAACUGUUGUCAAAAACCAAGGCAAGGUUGAGAGCCAUCCUGAG